AUGGAUUCUCAAGUUACAUCGCGGGCGUUUUGCACGUAUACAUCUUCUCGAGAAGACGCCGCAACGACGGUGUUUUUCAUCUCCGGCAACCCGGGACUGAUCGGCUAUUACCAUCCAUUUCUAUCUCUUCUCACGGAGAAUUUAAAGCAGGAUCAAUCUCCAGAACAGUCCGUCACUGAUGACGCAAACAGACACAUCGAUCCCUCAUUUCAAAUCUACGGACGCAGUCUCGGUGGAUUCGAGAUUGAUGACGAUGGCAAUGACGAGGGCGAUGAACUUGGCACUUCAAAGGCCCGUUUGUAUGAUCUUGAAGACCAGAUCCGCUUUGUCCACGGGACACUAAAUGCACUCAUGUGUCGGAAUGCUGCCUUUGCCGGACAGUCUCUCGGCAAAGGUCCUCGUUCGCUGGGCAAGCGCAAUGUGAUCCUCGUGGGUCAUUCCGUCGGUGCCUACAUCGCGAUGGAAGUUCUUCGGCGGCACCGCGAAACAGUCCACAAUCUCGCCGACCCCCAAGAAGGAGACGUGCAUGGUGUAGAUUUCGACAUUAUCGGCGGUGUCAUGUUGUUUCCGACUGUGCAAGACAUCGCGCAUUCGCCAUCAGGGCGGAAGUUAACGACUCUUCUGUCCAUCAUCCCCCAUUUCGCAAUGGUCAUCGGGUUCUUGGCUAGUGUCCUGUCAACCAUUCUCCCCACAAGAGCCUUGCAGACCUUGGUCAAGCUGGUCAUGGCCAACCCACCAAAACAUGCCCUCGAGACCACGACCUCGUUCUUGAAAAGCCGCCAGGGUGUGCGGCAGGCUUUACACAUGGCCGCUGAUGAAAUGCGGACAAUCACGUCCGACAAAUGGACAGAUGAUGUCUGGGGCGUGGCGCAUACGCGUGAGCCGCUCACGGAACUGUUUUUCUACUUUGGUCGCAAUGAUCAUUGGGUCGCGGAGAAGACGAGGGAUGAGAUCAUUGCCAUGAGGGGGUCUGUGGACCGUGAAGAUGGGUUGGGCCCCAAGAUGAUCGUGUGUGAGGAAGGGUUACCGCACGCUUUUUGUUUGAAGCACUCUCAUGUGAUGGCUCGCAAGGUUGCAGCUAUGAUUCAGGAUAUUGCGAGGGGGGUGAGUGAUCGCUAG